UCAAUUCUCCAAUUAUAUCUCUAUUUUUCUCCAACUUCAUAGAUGGCGUCCUCACAAAACCAAAACCCAUCCCCCAACUUCCAUGACUACCUGCCUCUUAUGGCCCACAAGCUGGGCGGCGAUGGCCUAAUCGGGGAGCUAUGCAAUGGGUUCAAUCUUCUGAUGGAUAGUGAAAAGGGUGUGAUCACUUUCGACAGUCUGAAAAGAAAUUCUGCUCUAUUGGGAUUGCAAGACUUGAGUGAUGAUGAUUUGAGGUGUAUGUUAAAGGAAGGUGAUUUUGAUUGUGACGGCGCACUCAAUCAGAUGGAGUUCUGCGUUCUUAUGUUUAGAUUAAGCCCUGAGUUGAUGGAGGAGUCCCGGUUUUUGCUAGAGGAGGCUCUUCUACAGGAGUUGAAGGAUUUUUCUUAUUGAAUCUGUAUUAUUCUUGGGCUUUGAUUUCCCAUUUGGAUUUUUUUUUGUUUGAUAUUCUUUUGUUGGAUCUAAUAUUUACUGAUGCUAUUUAGACUAUGAAAAAUACAGAAAAAGAUGACAAAUUUACGCUU